CUCAUAAGAUAAUUCUGGUUCAACGUUCGGAAUAUUUUGAAAAAUUCUUGGGUGGUGAUUGGAAAGAGGGUAGUUUAAAAACAAUUCCAAUAAAACAUAUUCCUUUCGAAACUUUUCGUAGUAUACUUUAUUAUUUAUAUACUUUUAAAUUAGAUGAUAAUUUAGAUUUUUCUAUUCUUAAGGAUGUUUAUAUUAAUGCUGAUAUGAUGAGAUUGGAACAACUUUCUCAAUUAGUUGCUGAUAGAAUUAUUCGUAUGGUGGAUUAUGAUAACUGGGAUCAAGUUUUGGAAUUAGGUUGGAAAUCAAAUAGUUUUGGUAGUAAACUAUUAUUAAAAAACGCUGCUUAUGAUUUUAUUCAUAGUCAUUGGUCGGAUAUUAAGAAUACUGAGAAUAUGUCUUCUUUACUUCAUUCGGCUACUGUUGAUUGUAUUGAAGAAUUAAUGGAAGCUAAAAUGUUUGGUCCUCCUAAAUAA